AUGGCAGAAGAAACCCAACUUCAAAAAGAAGCUCAAUAUGUUUUCCAUUUAGUGAUACCGUCUAUGAGGUUAAAUAUUUUAUUCAUAUUGGCUUCAUGGUUAUGGUAUUGGAUAUUAAUAUUUCUAGGUAAUUAUAAGCUAGAUGCAUCAAAAGUUCUUGUUACAAGAACUCCAAGGGACAUAAGGGCUCCUUUAUCACAUAUUCAAAUGCAAAGGUAUUCAAAAAAUUUGGCUGUUAGAUUAACCAAAUUUGUGACACCUAUCAUUUGUUUGACUUUGUUUUUAUUAUUUAUAAUUGAUGAAGCUAAAUUAACAGAAGCAUUGAUGAGCAAAUAUAGGCCAAUUGCCCUAGGAUUAAUCGUAUUUCUCAAUAUAGCCCCAUUAUUGGAAUUUUGCACUAUAUUUUGGACAAUUUUACAAAAUAAUGAUGUCUUAAUAUAUUUUGCUAAAAGGUUAUUAUUAAUUGAAAUCGGUCCUGCUCAUUUGAGAAACACUUAUAUUGUUAUAUCAGAUACCUUGACAUCUUUCUCGAAACCUAUUAUUGAUUUUGCCUUAUAUUUAACCAUAUUUUGGGAAUUUGAUCAUUUCGAUUUAUUUGUGGCAUCGAUCCCCGUGUUAAUCAGAAUCUUUCAAUGCUUUAGGGAGUUCAAGUUAAAAAAAGGUAAAGAUAUGACUUUACUUUUCAAUGCAAUGAAAUAUGGUUGUAAUAUUCCUAUAUUAAUCUCGACUUGGUACACGAGAAUCCAAGAGGAUAACAAGAUGAGUUUGAACUUGCAAAGAAUUUUCAUGUUGAUAAAUUCCUCUUAUACCUUAUUUUGGGAUAUUAAAAUGGAUUGGAAGUUUAAAAAUUUUUAUUCUAUUAGACACCCAAGUCAAAUGAAGAAUGGUUUAAUCUUUCAAAAUAAAAUUAUUUAUCAAUCAGCCAUUGUCAUUGAUUUCUUAAUUAGAUUUUGGUGGCUAUGGUGUUUCUUAUUAGGUAAUUUAAAUGGAGCUGUAAUUUGCAGAGGUGAAUUGCAUUAUUUAGAAAUUAUUAGAAGAGCUAUUUGGAUUGUAUUUAAAUUGGAAUGUGAAUAUAUCACAAACGCUGGUGAAAAAUUUGGAGAUGAAUAA